GUCGCCAAUCACCAGGCCGCGAUAACACACGCCUGCCGGUGACAAGCUGCACCUGCGUGGUCUGUGUCAUUAUGUAAUCCCCGCCCGUGGGAUGUACGUACUGUGGUACUGCGGUACUCGCGCGCGGAUGCUCUGCCGCGGUUUCGGAAGCUACCGGGGGUGCCUGUUCGCGGGACCUGCGCCCUCGUGCCUCGAGCCUCCUACCCUUGGCAUCAACGACUCGACACCGGCGGCAUCUGCACAGCACCAUCCGGACACUGACACGAGCAUCCACCCAGACCUCUCAACCUUGCGUAAACGAUAACUCCGGCAGAAGCGCCGAGACCAGAGCCAAACAGCCCACCCACCUGCUCCCUGCCUCUACGUCCCUACGUCCCAUCCCCCUCCGCCGCAUCACCCAAAGCCUCGCCCUCGCCUGUCUGCCUCACAAACAAGAGUCAAGACAAAAGCCACGUCAAGAUGGUUCUCCUCGAUUUGCUGACUUUGGGGCUGUGGUCGAAGCUGGGAAGACUUGUCCACUAUGGCGUCGAUGCCAUCCUUAUCUCGACCAUCCUCGCCGGAAUUCGACGCUCCACCGGCUUGACGCCCAGUUUCAAGUCGGAGAAGAUAGCAGGUGACAGCAACGAGACUCAGAAAUGGGUUAGCCGGUACCUGGCUGUAGGAGAGACGGCGAUGGACUGGGCUGUUGUGACCGCCGGCCAGAGCGGCUGGUUCGAGCGGAACAGGUAGAUAUAGGGCGGCAAUAUCAUGGUACGGGAUAAUGACCACUGCCUCCACAAGAUCAUCAAGCCAGGACAACGACCAUAGCUUGUCUUGGAUGCCAUAUGGGUUUACGAGGGCUGGCGUCUAGGAAUUGUUUAUCUGCUUUCACAAGUCAACAUUGAAAUACCAUGGCAGGAGACCAUCUCCGCUUUUCGCUCUUCUGCCCUCGUUGGAAAUUAUUAAAGUACUCCACACGUCUGAUCCGCGUGCUAUUCAUCACAAAUUAACCGUUGUGCAAUAUCAU